AUGGCAUUGACUAUAGCGGAUCUCCCCAAUGAGAUUAUGUUGCAUAUCCUCAUCUAUAUAUCUCCGGAAGACUUGAACAAUGUAUUCUCCAUCAGUCAGUUUCGUCAAAGACUUGAAAAUGUUGUCAAGUUGAUUAAAGAUCAACCUAAAACUCAAUAUUUCACCAACAUUCCAUCAAAAUCAGAAAUUAUACUUCGUCCAAAUAGUGAAAUUCCAAGUGCCGGUCUUUUAGAAGUCUUUGAAAUAACGAAUUUUGAAGAAUAUGCAGAUAAAUUGUUGCACGUUAAAGAUCAAAUACCCAAAAUCAUCACAAUUCUUGACGAGUUUGAACAUAUGAAGUAUGAAGUUAUUGGACUGCUACCAACUGAAGACUGGGGUUCUGCAAUGGUUACAAGAUACGUUGAGGAGCAAGGGCUUAAAAAUAGUGGGUUUUCAUUUCUAACAUUUAAGAAUCUCACCAAUUUAGCGCUAGAAGAGGUUAAAGUAGACCCAUUAUCAAUCAGUUUGCCAAGUUUGAGAGCAAUCCAUUUUGUUAGGUGUACUAGUUCCAAUGAAAGUGCAUUUUUUGAUUUUCCAAAAUUGGAGUAUUUACAAGUCACAGGGAUGAUCAAGUCACUUGAUAGAUCAUUUGACUACUCUCAAUAUCCUACUAAUCUAGAGCUUUAUCAGGCGAAAGGAUGGUACAGAACAAACACAGUCUUUACAAAAUUGAAGAAACUUACAAUUCGCUCAUUUCAACAUGACACUUUGUGUACUAUAGAGGAUUGUUUUUUCCCAGAAUUAAGAGAUGCAAGCCUUAAUCAGACAAAAUUUUUACUAUUACAGGAAUUGGAUGCGCCGAAAUUAAUUAGACUUUCAAUAAGUUCAAGCUCAGAUCCUGUUACACUAGAUAACAUCAAUACACCAAGCUUGAUUCAUAUGGAUAUAACAACUACUGUGCUACCUGUCGUGAGAAAUUUCUAUGCGCCAAAGUUGGAGUAUAUUUUUGCAGAAAUUCAGCAUGUUGCAUCUGAAGACCCAAAGAGUUUUGAGUUGUUUGAAAAGGUACCUGGCUUAAUCAUAAGAGAACGUCCUUUAGCACUAUUGGAAAGAAUAGACACUAGAAACCUCAAAUAUCUCUGUGUGGAUAUUGAAGAUGAUGAUACUGAAAUUUUUGACUUUGGAUUUCCAAACUUACAAGGAAUAGAGAUCAGUCUCUCGGAUUCAUUCACACAGCUACCACAUAUACAUGCACCAAACGUGAAACAGCUUGCAAUUGUUGAUUGUCCAGGUCUAGAAACUUUGAGCAACAUCCCGUCGGAUUUCAGCUCCAUUGAAGAGUUGAGGCUUGAUUUAUAUGAAAGUGACUUGGUCUUGAAUGGCCUCACGUUCCCAAACCUCAAGGCACUAGAAAUCAUUACAGAAGGUGAAAUGAUGCAAAUUGAAGGUUGUAAGUUCCCCAAACUUGAAAGACUUUCAAUAACAGGGACAAUGUUUGCAACGCCAACUACUGUUGAUUUUGAAGCUCCUGAACUUUUGGAUUACAAGAUCAUCAAUGUUGAUAUUAAAGAACUAUACAUCUGCACCUUUCCAAAGCUUCAAAGACUGUCCAUUCAUCGUGUGCCAGAGUUACAUCUUGGUAAUCUUGAUUCAUUGGUUUAUUUGAAUCUUUCUUACAAUAUUUUCAAAUCAUUAAAAGUUUUUCAUGCCUUACCAAAUUUGAGAUACCUAGAAACAGUUCAGUCGAAUGCAGAGGAGUUUGAUAUUCCAAGUGGAUUACAUAUGACAGCUACUGAACUAGCAUUAAUGUUUGGUGAUCGUUAUGAUACGAAACUUGAUUCUAUUCCUUUACAAGAGUUUGAAGGUUUGUCAAGCUGUCUGGAUACAUUUUAUCAAAAACUUUCUGACGAGCUUCUGAGUGCUAUAUAG